AUGCUUCGGGUCUUAGGCAAAAGUGGCGUUGAAAAAAACCUUCCUGCGAAAAUUCAUCAUGUCUGUGGAAUUACUAUCAGCGAGGCUGAUUGCCUUCCAAAGUUGGUCUGCAGGAAGUGCGAAGCAUUUGUCUCCAAGGUGAGCGACUUCAAACAAAAGAGUUGGAAUAUUCAAAGUGAACUUGAACUGGACCAAAAGUGUUCAGUGAAGCAUUGCACGGAAUUGUCGCCAUCUUGUAAACAACCCUUGAAGCGCGCGGCUACCGAGAUCCCCAGAAAAACCUCCGUAAAACAGCUUAUGUUCGGACAAAAACCAGUCCAGUUUAACGAAGGCGAACAUCAGGAACCCAUGGAAGAGGAAAAUUCGUCCGCACGUGGGCUUAACAAUGCCGAAGAGUCAAACACGCUUCCAGUACUAAACGAUAACUACAUUAUUGGAGCAUUGAAUUCAGAGCCGCCGUCUAAUGUGGCAGAAAUUAUAAGGGACCACUGCCCGCAAGUGCUUUCUUCGCUAAGAUUGCUCAUCAACGAGGAAAUCAACACAGCCUGUCAAAAGCUGUGCAGACGGUCGGAUGGCUCUGUGUUGUAUGGCCACAGCUACGAAAGUCUGAAAGAUUUUAACUUUGAUAGUGUUUGGAAUGAGAUAGAAAGCAACAUUCCCUUUGUCGUCAACAUCAUGAAUGCUGUCUGUGGGAAAAGCUUUACAUCCGAUGAUUUGCGAGUAAAAUACAGCUUCAUUUACUCGAUUCUGAUGAGCGAAAGAUGGCACGAACUAAGUCUUUUGAAGCGCGUAAACACAGUUUUGAUUAUAGAAGGUGGAUGUACCAAGAAGGUGAUGAUCUCUCUUAUGCGAACUAAUUAAAGUAAGCUAAAGUCAGUUUGAACUGACUAUUUGCUAAAAUACCUGAAGUGCAUGACUGACAAUUUUGAUCACAAAAUUACAGAGCUGGGUCCCAUCCACAUAAGCUUAUAAUGAACAUUUUUAGCAUUGGUAGGCUGCAUCAACUAUCAAUAUUAUAAAUAACAGUCAACCUGUUAGAAUUCUUCCAGUAUAAAUUUGUGUAAAUAUUUACUUUAUUGAAAAAGUAAAGAUCACAAUCUUCUCAUUCAAAACUAAGCUUGAGUGUUGGUACCUGAUGCAAAGUAUCUUUGGUCUUUAGUUGGUAAGCCUUAGAGAUCUGUACUUAGGAAGGUGCUGGAGAUGUAGGUAGGAGAGGAAAGUAAAAUAAAGGACGCUUUUUGGUUUCCCCAGACAACUGGUUGUUGCCCGGAACCAAUGAAAACCGGAUUUUAUCUGUGAUUAUUAGCAAUAAUAAUAAUAAUAAUAAUAUUUGACACAAUUUCUUGAUAUGCAAUUUAAAUAAGGAAACCUAAAUAUAGGAAAUCUAAUAAUAAUUAUAAUAAUAAAGUUUUAUUGAUUGUCAAACCAUGUAGUGUGGGAGAAACCCAUACUAACUUAAUGGACACAGGCUAAUGUAAAAUACAAAACUUAGACAAGUAAUCACAUUUCCCACGGCAAAACUCCAAGUCAUUUCUUAGAAACAUGUAUCGUUUCAUGUUAGCUUUAAAUCUUCACUUGGGGAGAAUACUCUAAUUUUACUUUUUUCUUACCAUUUUUAAUCCAGCUUCAGGAGCGACUGAACAAGCUUGGUGUCUGUCUCUCCCAUGGAAGACGGGAUAUCCUAUUGAAACUUCUUAGAGGGCACUUUGCAGACAUAGUUGUUCAGAAAGUAAAAGGUGGUUCUGUUUUCCGAGGCACAGGAGAUAACUGGGACUUGAAAGUCCUAAAGGGCCAUAUGAGAAAGGAUGUGCAGAAUGAAGAUCUUCAUUUCUUUGCAUCCAACCUUAUUAGAAACCGGGUCAACUUUUCACACUUGCCUAAUGUGCAUCCUAAGGGGGACAUUGUAAAUUUUCCACGCCACCAUUUCUCAUUAAAUGUUGAUGAGUGGAAAGUGUACAUAAACUGUGCAAAGAUUCUCACAGGAAGGAUAAUUAUUGAAUUCUUUCCAAAGUUUAAGUGGCUUAAGUCAGUCAUCCCUGCACAUAUUCCUCAUAUUUACAGUGGAGAAAUGGCUCAAAAAUCCACCAUCAUGAGCCUGCCCCUUCUGAAUGCCAAUGAAGCUAAAUACGAAGAUUGUGUCCGCAUUUUGAGAUCUUACGAGCAGUGGAUUUCAGAGAUUUAUGUCAAAGCGGGCUUACUUGAUAAAGUACCUCAUGUUGACAACCCUGAAGUACCAGAGGGAUCAGCUGCACCUGGCCAAACAAACGCUCACAAGGAGGAUACCCCUGAUGAUCCUAUGAGGGAAAUGAAGAUAGUUUUUGCUGGUGACCAGUUGACCAGAGUUAGAUUCGCUGGUGCUAAAGAUUUGCUCUCAGGCUCCCACACUCCAUCAGAUCGUUUUGAGCAUUGUUCCCCAUUCAAGCCAGUCAUGUGGCACACAAAAGCAUCAUUGCUACAGUACUCAUACUCAUUCCUGUACGAGGCAGAAUCGGUCAACCAAAUUGGAACUCUAAAAUACUUUAGAGAAAAAUUUAAUCGCCGGAAUGCCACCCCAGCCAAAGUAGGAACUAUUUCUCAGUGUUGGUCGAGCUUACAUUGUCACUGCAGCUCUUACUUUCUUUGGAAUGACAAGUCUUGA